UAUCCGCCUUCGCGCUCUGCUUUGCAACCACGCUCUCCCACAGCGGAAUCAAUUUGUUUCCAGCACUAAUUAGACAUCUGGUGCUUUGCUUAGUGAUCAUUCAGACGUUGUGCCACGACGGAUUCAAUUGCUUCCGGUACUUCAGUCCCGUUGGAUGCAUGAAAGUAUAAGAAUAGCAAUGCGGAACGAGGUUACGAUGGCAGUCGGACAGUUUACCAUACAUACUUCCUGUGUGCGCCACAGUAUAUAAGUCAUUUCCCCCGAGUUACAACACUUGUUCACCAUGCCGGUCGUUGCAGUAGCCGGAGGUACUGGCAAGCUUGGCCGUGCUAUAGUUGACGCCCUGGUUUCUGCGGGUCAGCACGACGUUCUAGUUCUGGCCCGUGGUGAGGUCGAUGAAGCAAAGCAAAAAGAAAUCGGAGCCCGCCUGGUCUUCGCCGACUAUAGCAGCACCGAUGCGCUGGCCAGCCUCCUAGAGACGAAUGGUAUUGAUACGGUCAUAUCCACGAUAAGCUCAGCUGCCGACAUUGCGUCCGAACUGAACCUCAUCAAGGCCGCCGAUAAAUCGGCAGUUACCAAGCGUUACAUACCCAGCAUCUGGGGCAUCAAGUACACUCCAGAAAUUGCUUCGUACUUUCCUAUCGCCCAAGCCAAGUUGGACAUUCUUGAAGCCGUGGAAUCUACCUCCCUCGAGUAUACCGCGGUUUUGAUUGGGUACUUCCUUGACUUCUUUGUCCUCCCCCGCGUCAAGUCGUACCUCGAUCCUCUACCCAUUGUCCUCGACGUGGCCAACAACGCUGCAGCAAUUCCGGGAUCUGGUAGCGUGCCAGUCGUAUUCACACAUACUUUCGACGUUGCGCGCUUCACCGUGGCCCUCCUGACCCUGCCAAAAUGGGAGAAAGAAUCGUACGUCAUCGGCGACAGGGUGACGUGGAACGAGUUCUUGAAUCUUGUGGAGGAGGCCAAGGGCGUCAAGUUCACCGUUGCAAAUGAUCCCAUCGAGAAGUUGAAGGCUGGCCAGAUUACGGAGCUGCCAUCCCACAAACAGAUGUAUCCAUUCUUUCCGAAGGCGAUGUUGCAAGGCAUGUUCGCGAGUUUCGGCCGCAUGUUCGAGGAGGGUGUAUUCGACCUGAGGCCUUCUCAUGCACUGAAUGACGAUUUCCCGGAAAUCAAGCCACGGAAAGUCCGACAAUUGGUUUUCGAGGCAUGGAAUCAGGAACCGUGAUUUGGGCCACUUUUGUUACGGUAUGGAUCGACCCGGCCUUGCGGCCUCAUUCCCGGAGUAACCCGGAGCUCAGGGUCCGGAGCUCAACCUCCGGACCCGCUUGAUGG